AUGGGAUCUCAAGGAUCUAAACCUGUGGAUACAAGCGAUGUUAAAAAUGAAAGUCACAACAGUGCCAGAAAUGUUUUUGAAAAUAUUGCAGAAAUAAUAUACAACCGAGUGAAAGAAGAUGCAGAAAAACGUGGUAAAUCUUUGAAAGGAGAUUAUAAGAGAGCAAAAUUUCAUCAGCCCUUAUUAGAGGCAGCGAAAUAUGUUUGGUACGCUCCUAGUAAUCCAUGCAAUUUUGAUUUUAGGUUUGAUACUAAUGCUCCGGAUAAAGGUUCAUAUGAUAGAGAUCCUUGUCAUUUGAGAGAUACAAAUCGUUUUUCAGACAAAGGAGAUGCAAUAUGUACUAAUAAUAAAAUAAAUUGUAAUAAUGGUGGUUGCGGAGCCUGUGCUCCAUAUAGAAGAAUACAGUUAUGCGAUUAUAAUUUAGAAUAUAUAAAUGAAUAUAAUAUUAAUAGUACACAUGAUUUAUUGGGGAACCUAUUAGUUAUGGCAAAACGAGAAGGUGAUUCUAUUGUGAACAGUCAUGGACAUACAGGUAAAGGUAUUUAUAAAUCAGGUAUAUGUACUUCUCUUGCUCGAAGUUUUGCAGAUAUAGGUGAUAUAAUCAGAGGAAAAGAUCUUUUUCUGGGGCAUAAUCAUAAAAAAAAACCAUUACUGGAUAAUUUAGAAAAGAUUUUUAAUAGAUUUCAAAAAAUAUAUGAAGACAUUAAUAACCUUCCAAUUGAUGAUAUUAGAGAAUAUUGGUGGGCACUUAAUAGAAAUGAUGUAUGGGAAGCAUUGACAUGCUCUGCCCCAUAUUAUGCUGAUUAUUUUAAAAAAAAAUCAGGUAAUACUUAUAACUUUACAACUGAAGGAUAUUGUGGCCGUAAUGAAGGUGCUCCUCCUACCAAUUUAGAUUACGUACCUCAAUUUUUAAGAUGGUUUGAUGAAUGGGCAGAAGAGUUUUGUCGAAUAAAAAAUAUAAAAAUAGGAAAUAUUAAGAAAUCCUGUACUGGAGAAAGUAAUAAUAAACAUUGUAGUCGUGAGGGUUACGAUUGUAAUAAAACAAAUCUAAGACUUAAUGAAAUUUUUAUGGAUCUAGAAUGUCCACGUUGUGCAGAUGAUUGUAAAUCGUAUGAAACAUGGGUAGAAAAUAAAAAAAAAGAAUUUAAUAAACAAAAAGAAAAAUACAAAGAGGAGAUCAAUGAGAGCAAACCUGGUGUUAAUUCAGAACAUGGAAAAUAUAAUAAAGCAUUUUAUGAUAAACUAAGAACGAUAUAUAGAACAAAUGACAAAUUUUUUGAAAUAUUGAAUAAAGGACAAAUAUGCGAAAAUGUUGAUGAAAAGAAUAAAAUAGACUUUAAUGACCUUGUGAAAACAUUUUCGCGUUCAGAAUAUUGUAAAUCAUGUCCUAUGUUAGGUGUUACCUGUAAGGGUGAACAAUGCAAUUCACUUGAUGACAUCACUUGUACAAAUGAUAAAGGGGGUCCUAAUAAAGUAACGGACAAAAAUAACAAUACAUUUGUUAUUGAUAUCCUGUUGAAUGAUAAUAAAAAAAAAGUACUUUCUAAUGAUUUAAAUGAUUAUAAAGAAUGUGAUCUUUUUAAAAGACUAAGAAGGCAAAAUUGGAAUUGUAAAUAUAAAUGUAACUUACAUGUAUGUGAACUGAAUAAUUUCAAUAAUGAAAUAGAUGAUGAAAGAGUUAUUUCAAUCAAAGUAUUUAUUAAACGUUGGUUAGAGUCUUUUUUAAAAGAUUAUAAUAAAUUAAAAGAAAAUUUAAAUCCAUGUAUAAAUAAUGAAAACCAGUUGCCUUGCAUAAAAGAUUGUCUGGAAAAUUGUGAUUGCGUAGAAAAAUGGAUAAAAAAAAAAGGGGAAGAAUGGAAAAAAAUAAAAGAACGUUACCUAAAAGAUUAUAAAAUUGAAGAUAACAAUAGUUCUAAUAGUUUAAAUAAAUUUUUGCAACAAAAUCAAUUUCAUAGUGAUGUUGUAAAAGCUAUAAAACCUUUUGAAAAUUUACGCGCUUUUGAGGACUCAAGUGGAUGUACUGGAACUGUACCCUCAGGAAUCGAAGAGUGUAAAAGUAAUGAUGUAAUCAAAAUUCUACUCUCUAAACUUAAAGAAAAAAUAGAAUUAUGUAAAAAGAAUGAUGUCAAAAAAAAUAAAAGUAAUAAUUGCGUUACGUUACUUAAACCUCUAAAUGACGAAGAAGACGAUGAAGAACAAGACGACGAACCACCUGCACCAAAACCUCUUCCCACCCCUAAUCCGUGUGUCAAUGGUGGAGACGACACAAGUGGUGCUCAAAUCACGAGCGUGACAGAAAUUGCAGAAGGGAUGCAUAUGGGGGCGCAAAAACAAAUGUUAGAGCGUAGUGGUGAUAAAAGUGGUAAGGGUACUGAAAAUGGUGAGAGUGUGUUGAAAGGUGAUAUAAAGAAAGCGAAAUUUAAAAAUGGAGCUAGUCCGAGUUCAUUGGAAGACGUAUGUGGUAUAACGGACCAACAUACCAAGGAUAGUCGUCGUCGUCGUCGUCUUCGUCGUCUUCGACUUCUUGUUCUUCGUUUUCGUCGUCGUCUUCGUCGUGGUCAUCGAGAUUAUAAAGGACCAUGUACAGGUAAAGAUGGACACAAAAAGAUGUUUCAGGUAGAAAAAGGAUGGGAAAAUGGGAGCAAAAUAGGUACAGAAAAUGACGUUUUCUUGCCACCAAGACGUGAACAUUUUUGUACUUCCAAUGUGGAACAUUUGUACAGAAGUGCCAGCGGACUUCAAGGAACUACUGCCAGCCACUCUCUAUUGGGGGAUGUGUUACUUGCUGCGAAUAAAGAAGCAGGAUUCAUAAAAGAAAGAUAUAAGACGCAAAAAACUUCAGAAGGUUUUAAGGACGAGGCAACUGUGUGUAGAGCAAUAAAAUAUAGUUUUGCUGAUAUUGCAGAUAUAAUUAAAGGAACAGACUUAUGGAAAGCAAAUUCCGGAAAAAAAAAUACACAAGAUAAAUUGGUAAAAAUAUUUCAAAAGAUUAAAGACAAUCUUCCUGUUAACAUCAAAGGAAAAUAUAACGAAGAUGAAAAACAUUUAGAAUUACGUAAGGAUUGGUGGUUUGCUAACCGUGACAAAGUCUGGGAAGCAAUGAAAUGCGAACAAAACGGUAUCACUUGUAGUGGUCCUACCCCAUUGGAUGAUUACAUCCCUCAAAGAUUACGUUGGAUGACCGAAUGGGCAGAAUGGUAUUGUAAAGCACAGAAAGAGGCGUAUGACAAGUUGAAGGUGUGUGAGAAAUGUAUGGAUAAUGGAAAAUGUACGCAAGGUAAUGGCGAGUGUGCAAAGUGCAAGACAGCAUGUGAAAAUUAUAAAAAAUUUAUUAAUACAUGGCAACCUCAAUGGAAACAAAUGGAACAAAAAUACGAAAGUUUAUACAAAGAAGCACAAGAAAAUGGUAAUAGUAGUCAUAAAAGUACUACAGAACAAGACAAAUAUAUGGUAGAAUUCCUGUCACAAUUACAAAAAGCAAAUAAUGGCGACAAAACUGGUGACGAUAAAGUGUAUUCUACUGCUGCAGGAUAUGUACACCAAGAAGCUACAAUGAAUUGUGAGAAACAAACUCAGUUUUGUAAAAACAAAAAUGGUGUCAAGGCAGCUAAUGAUGCAGAAGACGUCAAUUAUACCUUUAAGGAUACGCCUAAUGGGUAUGAUGUGGUAUGUAAAUGUAAAGAUAGGCCGGAGCAACAGAUAAAAAAAAAGGAAGUAGAAGAUGCGUGCAAAAUAGCGCAGGACAUAUUUAAGGGUAAGGAUGAAAACACUACAGUAGGGCUAUGCAAAAAAAAAGAUUUUGGAAGAACUCCUUAUCCCGAUUGGAAAUGUGAAAAAAAUUCAAAAUUGGUGACAGGAAAUGGUGAAUGUAUGCCUCCAAGAAGACAAAAGUUAUGUUUAUACUUUUUGGCACAUAAAAUUGAAACACCAAAUUUAAAUACACAAGAAGAUUUGAGAAAGGCUUUUAUUAAAUGCGCUGCUGCAGAAACAUUCUUCUCAUGGUACUACUUUAAGAAAAUAAAUGAUAAAUUAAAUAAACUCGAUGAAAAAUUAAAAGAAGGAGAAAUCCCUCCUCAAUUUUUAAGAUCCAUGUUCUACACAUUUGGAGAUUAUAAAGAUAUAUGUUUGGAUACUGACAUAUCUUUAAAAACUGAAAAUGGUGAUAUAACUAAGGCAAAAAGCAAUAUAGACAGAAUUAUCCCAAAAAAAAGUGCCAAAAAUCCUGAUGAAGAACGUAAAAUUUGGUGGGAUGGAAUUAAAGAAGAUGUAUGGGAAGGGAUGUUAUGUGGAUUAUCACAUGCUGUCAGUAAUAAUGACAAAGCGACAGUACAAAAAACACUUACUACCAAGACCAUCUACGACUAUGACACUGUGACAUUUGAUGGUACCACCAAAUUGGAGGAUUUCUCCAAGCGACCCCAAUUUUUGAGAUGGAUGACGGAAUGGGGGGAAGAGUUUUGUAAAAAACGGAAGGAACAAUUAGAAAAUUUAAAAGACAAAUGUCCAGAUUAUACGUGUAGCUUCGAUACUAAAAAACAAGAAUGUGAAAAUCACUGUAAAGUAUAUGAAGAAUGGCUAAAAGGUUGGAAAGACCAAUAUAAAAAACAAAGCGAAAAAUUUACAACAGAUAAAGAAAAACCUGAAUAUAAAGAUGAUCCCGACGUUGCCAGCUCCGAAAAUGCUCACAAAUAUUUGAGCAAAAAAUUAAAACAAAUUUUUCACAAUGGAAGUACUACUGAGAAAUGUGAUUAUACGUGUAUGGAAUAUGCGUCAAGACAACCACAAACAUCUGCUUGCAGUCAACAACAACAACAACAAAACAAAUCAUCUACACAAAACCAUUUCCCUGAAGCGUUCGAUUAUCCUCCUAAAGAAAUUGGUGAUAGGUGCACUUGUCCUAAACUUCCGGAACCUAAAUAUUGUGUAGACAAAACCGCAUAUGAUAUAAGAAAAGAGAGUGGGAAAAAGUCGGAUAAUAGUUUGAAAGGAAAUGGUAAUACAUACAAUAAUAAUUGUAAUAAUUCCAUGAGGGAAGAGUAUGCCAAUCAAAAUGGAGAAACAUGUAAAUUUAACGAAACAUUUUGGUCCAAAAAAAAACCUUCUAUUGAAGAAUGUGAUAUCAAUGCAAAAGAGCGUUUUCAAAUACAGAAAUAUUGGGAUUGUAAUGGGAAAACACCUGAUGGAAAAAACACAUUUUGUAUCCCUCCAAGAAGAAAAGAUAUGUGCUUGAAACAAUUGGAAGAAAUAAAUUCUGCAGAUGUUAAUAAUAGCAAAAAAUUACUUCAAAAAAUCCAAGAUGUAGCAAAAAAGGAAGGAGAUGAUAUAAUAAAGAAACUAUUACCAAAAUAUCCUUGUAAUGAAGAUGUAAUUUGUAAAGCUAUGAAGUAUAGUUUUGCCGAUUUAGCAGAUAUUGUUAGAGGUAUAGAUAAAUAUAAAGGUCCAAAUGGUACCAAUGUACUUGAAAAAGAAUUAAAAAGUGUUUUUGAGACAAUAUAUACAAAAUGGAAAUCCGAAAACACAAAUAAUAAAAGUAAAUACACCGAUGUAGCCUCUUUUCGUUCCGCCUGGUGGGAUGCUAAUAGAAAAGAUAUUUGGAAUGCUAUGACGUGUAAUGCUCCUUAUGAUGCAAAAAUUUAUAUUACCAAAGAAGGAGGAUAUAUAUCUCCUUUAACGUUCACAAAAAACAAAUGUGGGCAUAAUGAUGAUCCACCUGAUUAUGAUUAUAUCCCUCAACCUUUUCGAUGGCUAAGUGAGUGGAGCGAAACCUACUGUCUUGCUCAAAAAGAUUUAUUGGAAACGAUGAAAAAUUGUGAGAAUUGCAUGAAAAAAAACAAAAAUGCAGAUUGUGAACAGACACAAUAUGGAGCUUGUAGGGACUGUAAAAGAAAAUGUGAAGAAUACAAGAAAUUUAUAGAAAUUUGGAAAAAACAGUUUGAAACACAAAACAAAGCAUAUCAAGAAAUAUAUAGAAAUGCUACAACAACUAACAGAGAUAAUAAUAAUAUUGUUGAUGAAAAUACAAAAAAUUUUGUAAAAAAACUACAGGAAAAUUGCAGAACCGACCGAAACGAAUCUCUUGAUACUGCCGAUAAAUAUCUUGAAAAUGCAAGUGUUUGUCGAAGAUUUAAAUUUGGGAAUAAGGACUCACGUCAUCUAAAUUAUGCUUUCCAUACAGAUCCACCUAGUUAUGAAGAGCAUUGCAAAUGUGCGAAAGAUUUUGAUCCAUUGGAUGAAUGUCCUGUUGAUAAUAACGAAUGUAAGAAGUAUGGUAUAGGUAGUUGUCCAAAAAAAAAUUUCCAUAAAAAAUUGGAAGAAUGGACAAAUUACGUUUUAAACAACAAAUCAAAUAAAAAUAAAUCCGCAAUAGUACCUCCCAGAAGGAGACAAUUAUGUCUACAAAAUCUUACGAGAAAUUUGAGUCGUCUAAAUAAAGAAAAAUCAUUUAAAGAAGGAAUUCUUAUUUCAGCUGCUUCGGAAGCUAAAAUGUUAACUGAACAAUAUCGUGAGAAUCCUGCAAAGGCACUUCAAGCAAUAAAAUACAGUUUUGCUGAUAUUGGAAAUAUUAUAAAGGGAGAUGAUAUUAUAGGGAAUGUUAUAUCUGUCCAACUAAAUAAGUUAAUUAACGGAAAUAAAAAAAUAAAUACAUCUACCUUAUGGUGGGAAGCAAAUAAAGAAAAAAUUUGGAAUGCCAUGAUGUGUUAUUACACUGGAGACGAAAAAACAGCUACUAGUUGUCCAUCACAUGGAAAUAUUGAUAAAGAAGAUCAAUUUUUACUAUGGUUUCAGGAAUGGGGAGAAAAUUUCUGUGCUAGACAAAAAGAAUUAUAUGAACACGUACAAGCGGAAUGUAGUCAUGUUAUAUGUGUCAAUGGUACUGGAAAUAUUGACAGUAAAUGCACUGAAGCAUGUAAAAAUUAUAGUAAUUUUAUUUCAGAAACAAAAAACGUAUAUCAGUCAUUAAAGAAGCAAUAUAAUGAUAAUCAUAACUCUAUCAAAGUAGGUGGUAAAGAAGUUCAUCAUUAUAUGAAAGAAAAAUGUAAAGAUAAAUGUGAAUGUUUGUCUGAAAAAUUUAACAGUGACAACAAUUGGGAAAAACCGUAUGACACAUUUGACGAUACCGUACUCAAAAACAAAUGUCAGUGUAAAAAACCUGAUUCCCCAAUUCUUCCAGUAGAACCUUCAGUGCCAGCUGAAACGGAAAAAGAAAAAAAAAAAGAUUCACCUCUUAAACCCCAUACUGAACCAAAACCUGCACCCCCCAAAAAACCUGAGGUACCCCCGCCUCCACCCGUACAACCCCCCCCUGCGAACCAACCCUUCAAUCGUGACAUUCUGGAAAAGACCAUUCCUUUUGGUAUUGCGUUGGCGUUAGGUUCGAUAGCGUUCCUUUUCAUAAAGAAAAAACCGAAAUCACCUGUUGACCUCAUACGUGUACUUGACAUCCACAAAGGAGAUUAUGGAAUGCCUACACUGAAAUCAAAAAAUCGAUAUAUACCCUAUGCUAGUGAUACAUAUAAAGGCAAAACAUACAUUUAUAUGGAAGGAGAUAGUGAUAGUGGACACUACUACGAAGAUACAACUGAUAUUACUUCAUCCGAAAGUGAAUAUGAAGAAAUGGAUAUUAAUGAUAUAUAUGUACCUGAUAGUCCUAAAUAUAAAACAUUGAUCGAAGUAGUAUUGGAACCAUCAAAAAGAGAUACACCUAGUAGUGAUGCACCUAUGAAUAAAUUUACUGAUGACGAAUGGAAUCAACUGAAACAGGAUUUUAUUUCCGGAAUUUUAGAAAAUGAACAAAAGGAUUUACCUAAAAAUAAUAUAAGUGGGAAUACUCCAAUGAAUACACAACCCAAUACUUUAUAUUUUAAUAAACCUGAAGAAAAACCUUUUAUUACUUCUAUUCAUGAUAGGGAUUUAUAUAGUGGAGAAGAAAUUAAUUAUAAUAUAAAUAUGAGUACUAAUAGUAUGGAUGAUACAUCAUAUGUAUCAAAUAAUGUAUAUUCUGGUAUCGAUUUAAUUAAUGACACAUUAAGUGGUAACCAACAUAUUGAUAUAUAUGAUGAAGUGCUAAAAAGAAAAGAAAAUGAAUUAUUUGGAACAAAUUAUAAGAAAAAUACAUCAAACAAUAAUGUAGCUAAAUUAACAAAUAGUGAUCCAAUUAUGAACCAAUUAGAUUUGUUACAUAAAUGGUUAGAUAGACAUAGAGAUAUGUGUGAAAAAUGGAAAAGCAAGGAGGAUAUAUUACAUAAAUUAAAUGAACAAUGGAAUAAAGAUAAUGAUGGAGGUAAUGUACCAAUAGAUAACAGAUCGUUGAAUACGGAUGUUUGGAUUGAAAUAGAUAUGGAUGAUCCUAAAGGAAAGAAAGAAUUUAGUAAUAUGGAUACUAUCUUGGAUGAUAUAGAAGAUGAUAUAUAUUAUGAUGUAAAUGAUGAUGAAAACCCAUCUGUGGAUAAUAUACCUAUGGAUCAUAAUAAAGUAGAUGUACCUAAGAAAGUACAUGUUGAAAUGAAAAUCCUUAAUAAUACAUCCAAUGGAUCCUUGGAACCAGAAUUUCCUAUAUCGGAUGUAUGGAAUAUAUAA